GAAGUGCAGCUGAGUAUACUCUUCCUCAGUUCUUCAUUUAUCUUUUGGUCUUUUCUCAGACCGCCAGUGAGUGGAGCUGUGAAGAAGUCCCUACUCCAGUGAGGUCUCCACGAUUUGCCUCUUCGGUAGCAACUGCAUUGCUAACUCUUGACAAGCAUGGAUUUCAACAGUCUUCUGUAUAAUAUUGGCGAACAACUGGACAGUGAUAAACUGGCCUCCCUCAAAUUCCUGAGCCUGGACCAUAUCCCACAAAGGAAACAGGAACACAUUAAGGAUCCCUUGGCGUUCUUCAGGGCACUCCAGGAAAAGAGACUGUUGGAAGAGAACAACCAGUCCUUCUUGAAGGAGCUCCUUUUCCGAAUUCAAAGUCUAGACUUACUGACCAAGUACCUUGGCAUCAGUAAGCAGGAGAUGGAGAGAGAGCUUCAGAAACCAGGCAAGGCCCAGGUUUCUGCCUACAGGGUCAUGCUUUUUCAGAUUUUCGAAGAUGUAAACAAAGAAGAAUUAAAGUCCUUUAAGUUUCUUUUGAAAAAGGAGAUUCCAAAAUGUAAACUGGAUGAUGAUUUGACCUUGCUGGAUAUUUUCAUAGAGAUGGAGAAGAGGGUCAUCCUCGGGGAAAGCAACUUGGACACCCUGAAAAGAAUCUGUGACCAAAUCAAUAAGAGCCUGCUGUUGAAAAUCAAUGAUUAUGAAGACUUAAGCAGAGAGGGAAGAGCGAGCCUUGAAAGUUCAGAUGGAUUUUCAAAUGGGGAGGAGUUGUUCAGAGAGCUGGCUAUCUCUGACUCACCAAGAGAACUGGAAAGUGAGUCACAGAUAUCGGACAAAGUUUACCGAAUGAAAAGCAAACCUCGGGGUUACUGUCUGAUCUUCAACAAUUAUAAUUUUAGUGUAGCACGGAAGGCUGUGGACAAACUUUGCAACAUUAAGGAUAGGAAUGGAACAGAAUUGGAUGCAGAGGCUUUGAAAAAGACCUUCAGUGACCUUCACUUUGAGGUAGUACAUUUCCAAGACCUCACAGCAAAGAAAAUCUGUGAAGUUCUGGAAUCCUACCAAAACAAGGACCACAGUAACAACGACUGCUUCAUCUGCUGCAUCCUCUCCCACGGAGACAAGGGCAUCAUCUAUGGCACUGACGGGCAGGAAGCCUCCAUCUGUGAACUGACCUCUUACUUCACUGGUUUGAAGUGCCCUUCCCUUGCAGGCAAACCCAAAAUCUUUUUUAUUCAAGCUUGCCAAGGGAGUAACUACCAGAAAGGUAUAGCUGUUGAGACCGAUGCAGAACAGCAGGAAGCCUGUUCAGAAAUGGCAUCAUCUCAGAAGAGUUAUAUUCCAGAUGAGGCUGACUUUCUGCUGGGGAUGGCCACUGUGAAUAACUGUGUUUCCUACCGAAGCCCCGUGGAGGGGACCUGGUAUAUCCAGUCACUUUGUGAGAGCCUGAGAGAAAGAUGUCCUCGAGGCGAUGAUAUUCUCACCAUCCUUACGGAAGUGAACUACGAAGUGAGCAAUAAGGAUGACAGGAAAAACAUGGGGAAACAGAUGCCACAACCGAUGUUUACACUGAGAAAAAAACUCUACUUUCCUCUUAAUUGAUGCUAGUAUUUAUCUACAUAUCACUGCUGCUUUAUUUUUUAAUAAGCUAGACUUAUUUUGCGUAACAUUGCUUAAUUUAAUAUAUUAUUACUACCAUUUUGCACCUUUUUUUUUAAUGGCAGGAAGGGGAGAGAACAGGAGUCAGGAUAUUCUCCUAAUGCUCCUGCGAAGUCAAGACCAAAUCUCUGCCUUUGUAAUAAUAGCAGCCAGUAUUUGGCAUUUAUAGCCAUAGCCAUUAUUUUAAUUGCAUCUUUAAUUAGUGAAAAAAUUUAAAAUUUUAUAGUAGUUGCAAAAAGUAUAUUAAGUUUAAAAGAAAAGUAACAAUAUACCAUAAAUGUUGAAAAACAGUGGCAGAAUGUUUCUUUACACAGAACCACUUAAAUUCAUAUUCCCUUUAAAUUGUUAAGCACUUUUUUAAAAAGCAAAAACAAGAACUUAAGAGCAUCAUUCCAAACCUUUUACUCUGAACAUGGUGUUAAUAGCAGCACGGAACCUUUAUAAGGCAUAAGAAGAGGAGGAAGUGGUGAAAGUCAUUUCCCACUAUACGGCCUUGGGUGAUUUGUCAGACUUGCCUCUCCGCUGCUAGGUGUAGAUUCUAUCAAGCAGAAUUUGAGAUACAAUUGGUAUCCAGGGGAAUGGCAGUGACACUCUCUCAAAGGCCACUUAGGUAGAUUUUUGUUAUCUGACCUCAUUAAAAAACAAACUCAAGUGCUGAGGUUCAGUGUGUAAUGCUCCCACACCCAGGCUGACCCCUGCUGGUAACUGGGACAAACAGCAUCAGAAACAAGUGCACCUCUUUUCCUUGACUCCUCUCCUGAGCAAGGGGAAAGAUACCAUCCCUCUACUUAGGCUUAGAUUUCACAAGACCUGGGGACGAUCCUCCUUGCUUUUACUACUCAAAAGGACACCAUCAAUCUCAUUUUUAAAGGGGCAGAAGUUAAGAAGAUACCAACUUCAUUUUUUGUAUUUCGUCUCUCUCCUUCCAAGCCAUCCUCCACACUACCUCCAUAGAUUAAUUUUUUAAUGUAAAUUUGAGAAUGUCAAAUCUUAGUUAAAAAGUUGUUAAAAUUAUUUUACAAGUUUUUUAUCAUCUUUCCCCACACUACUUGUUCAGGCUCUUCUCCUGUCGCUUUCCUAAUAUAUCCAUGCUUCUGUUCUGGCCAACGUGAUUUGUUUUUGCUAGCAAUGCUGGCUUCCUUUCACUCAUUUGCUUUGUUUUCUGUUCAUUUUAAACAUUAAAUAUUAGGUAUUAAGUUAUCUUUAAGAAGUAAUCUUUUUUUUUAGAAUAGUUUUUCAAGAAUAGAUUUUUAAAGAAUACAAUUUUAUUUUACUGUUCCUUGGAAUUUGUUGUGUGUGUGUGUGUUUGAAUUUUUUUCUUGCCACUGGCAUCUCACAGGUGGAAAAUGGUUGACUCACAGACAUAUUUUACUUGGGCCUCCCCAAUGGUGGGAGUCCCUGGCUUAACACAGAGGCACCUCAAAAGAAAGGCCUGGCAAUCUACUUCUGAAAAACCAGCCAUUGAAAACCCUAAGGAGCACAGUUCUGCUCUGACACACAUGGGGCCGCCAUGAGUCAGAAUCCACUUGAUGACAAGGGGGCUCUUCAUCCCCCUUUGACUCCUCCCCACCCCCACUCCAAUGUUGGCUCGAACAAUUUUUAAUUAGUUAACAACAUUUAAAUAUUGGGAGAUGUCACAUAAAAACC